AGGCGUCAAAGGUUAACCUAGAGGGGGCGGGGCGUAGAGAGGUUUUGAACAUGGCGGAUAAAGAUAAGAAAAAGAAGGAAAGUAUAUUUGAUUUGUCGAAAUAUAUCGACAAACAUAUCAGAGUGAAGUUUCAAGGAGGUCGUGAAGCAAGCGGUGUCUUGAAAGGCUUUGACCCACUGUUAAAUCUUGUGUUGGAUGGCACCAUUGAAUAUAUGCGAGAUCCAGAUGACCAGUAUAAACUGACUGAAGACACCCGGCAGCUCGGUCUGGUCGUGUGUCGAGGGACGUCUGUCGUUCUGAUCUGCCCGCAGGACGGGAUGGAGGCCAUUCCAAAUCCCUUCAUUCAACAGCAGGAUGGAUAAACCGCACACUAACGCAAACACAGGCGGACACCAUGCAGUGUGUUUUUUUCUUGCGCUGUGUAGAUGUUUGCUAAAGAAAACAGUUGGUUUUUGUUUGAUUUGAAAUAAUGGAUAGUGAUGUCAUUUUGUAUUUAGACUCAGGAUAAACGUUUUUGUUUCUGCAGUUUAUGAAACUGAUGCAUUGUUGAUUUUUGUGUGUGUUGAGUCUGUUGACUAUUGUUUUAUGUUGAAUGUUUUCUGUUUAUGAAAACAGGCACGUAGUGUUUCCCUGAUUCUUUCAAUGUUGCUGUUAAUUUUGACAUUAAUAAACAUCUGGGGUUUGAUUUCUAAUAGAAGCCAAAACCGAUUAUUACUGUACUUCAAAUGGUGUUCCCCACAGACUUGUUUAGAAAAGCAUUUGUAACACUGAUAGUAGAUUAUCCUAAAGGUGAAUCUGUAUAAUCUAUAUGAAGCUGUAUUUUGAAAGGUUUCAAUACAACAACCGACACCUUCAGACAACAUUAUUGUUUACUUUGAUGAUGUCCCCUCCUUUUUUUACACCUAAGAAAACUAACUUUUAGCCUUAAAGUACUUGCUUAUAGGAUAUUGGCUGAAAUACAGUUUCUUCGUCUUAAUAAUAGAACAAAGUUAAAAUGUUUGAAAAUAAUAGGUUUCUGCAUUAUAAGUCCUUAUUAGCAAUACAUUUUAAUUAUUAAUAAAAAAUGUUAAUAGCAUUAAAAC